UUCCUUGUGUUUGUAAACGAGCCAAUAACUGGUUAUCUAUUGCUUGAACUUUUGUUUUGUUUUCAUCUAUUUUUUCAAGCUUCAAUCAUAACCCAUUAUAAAAUAGUAGCAUGUUUUCGUGUAAGAAUUUCCACAGUACACACCUACCAACGACUUUGAAGUUUCUUCUAAAUGCCUGCCUUAGAUUCCACAUUAUUACUCUUCUCUUCUCUCCUCUUCAUUCUUUUCAAAUCCCCAUAACCAAAUGAUCCUUCCAAUCUCCUUCCAUUACCUUAAGCCUCAACUAUGUUUUAUUACCACAAUCUUCUUUUUGGCUACCACUGUUCUAUCUUCUAAUCCAAAAUUUAAGGCCUGCACACCAAAAAGUUGUGGAAAUGGCCCAUCCAUUAGGUAUCCUUUCUGGAUUUCUUAUGAACAGGAAUCAUUUUGCGGCUAUCCCCACUUUGAGAUCACUUGCAUGGACGAAAAUCCAAUUCUCAGAACUCCUAGUUAUGAUUUUCUAGUGAAAGAUAUAUCUUAUUCUAACUCCUCUUUUACUGUGGCCAACAUGGCUGCCUAUGAGGACAAUUGUCCUGUUCCCUUAUAUAAUUACACCUUUCAUCAAACUCCUUUUACCUACAGUUCAGAAAAUUGGAAUCUCUCUUUCUUCUACAACUGUACCACAGAACCCAUAGAUUACCCCACUUACAAAGUAGAUUGUGCUUGAAAUGCUUCACAUUAUUCUUUUGCGGUUUUUCAUAGGGAGGCACUAGAGAACAAAAACUAUUCCUUGAAUGAGUGUCAGUUUAUGGUUAAUGCGCCAUUUAGCAUGAAUGCUUCUGUUAAUUUCACUGGCUCAUUGAGAAUGAAUUACAUUGAGAUUUUGAAGAUGGGGUUUCUUUUGAAUUGGACUGCACCUGAUUGCGAGUACUGUGAGAAAAGUGGUGGACGUUGUGGAUUUGAUGGCAAUCAGUUUCUCUGUUUCUGCAAGGAUAAGUCCUACUUAAAAAGUUGUGGUAGUGGUAAUAAUAUAUUUCGAAAUACUCUGAUCAUUUUUUUGGCUGUUCAUUCAGAUCUCUGUGGCGCUUCUGCUCCUUUCAUGUUUUAUUUCCCCAUUCCCUCUUUUGGGUGCAGACGCAAUUUCAAUUCUACAAUGCCAUUCCAAAUAAGGAAUCGGGACCAAAAGAGGAUAAUAAUUAUUUUAGGUCUUGCAAGUGCAGCAAUGGGAAUGUUUAUGAUAUGCCUCAUAAUAAACUGUAGAAAAUGUAUGUCAUCAAUAAGAAAGGUAAAAUUUCGGAUGACUAAUGAGAAAGAUAUUGAAGUAUUUUUGAAAGAUCAUGGAACUCUUGGACAAAAGAAAUACAAAUUUUCAGAAGUCAAGAAAAUGACCAACAACUUCACACUUAAACUGGGUGAAGGUGGGUUUGGUGUUGUGUACAAAGGAGAGUUAUGCAAUGGUUACCGUGUGGCUGUAAAGAUAUUAAGGGCAUCCAAAGGAAAUGGAAAAGACUUUAUGAAUGAGGUUGCCAGCAUCAGUAGAACUUCUCAUGUUAAUAUUGUCCAACUUAUUGGAUUCUGUUUGGAAGGAAAGAAGAAAGCCCUUAUUUAUGAAUUCAUGCCUAAUGGUUCCCUCGACAAGUUUAUCGGUAAUAAGGGACUAGAAAGCACUCCAUCUUUGAGUUGGGAUAAUCUGUUGCAAAUUGCAAAAGGGAUAGCCAGAGGAUUAGAGUACUUGCACAAGGGAUGCAACACUCGUAUUUUACAUUUUGACAUAAAACCACACAACAUUCUUUUAGACGAGAACUUUUGUCCCAAGAUAUCAGAUUUUGGGCUUGCAAAACUUUGUCCUGGUAAAGAGAGCACUAUUUCCGUUUCAGAUGCCAGAGGAACAAUAGGAUAUGUAGCUCCAGAAAUAUGCAACAAGCAUUUCGGUGGAGUUUCACAAAAAUCUGAUGUGUAUAGCUAUGGAAUGAUGCUGCUAGAAAUAGUGGGAGUGAGGAACAAUGUUAAUGGAGAAGCCACUCAAACAAGUGAAUACUUCCCGGAUUGGAUAUACCGGAAGCUUGAGCAAGAGAAUGAAUUGAGAAGUGAUGGUGUGAUAGGCACAGAAGAAAAAGAGAUAGAAAGGAGAAUGAUUGCGGUUAGUUUGUGGUGCAUUCAAACGUUUCCAAAGGAUAGACCAACUAUGAGUAAAGUAAUAGAUAUGUUAGAAGGCAACAUAAAUUCUGAAGAAAUACCCCCAAAACCUGUUCUUUCUUCUCCCACAACUACAUUGGUGGCAGAAUGGACCACUAGUUCUUUGCAGUCUGGCAUAAGCGUGUGCGCCAUUUCUGUGAACAGAUUCUACCGUCAAUGUAACUGUGGCAACCCAUCAUACCUGCUCAGAUGCUAGAGGAAAAAUGGUGUAUUGAUGAAGGAUUGACCCCAACCAAAGAUGGAGGCACAUGCUUAAGAAGACUAAGCAUGUUUAGAAAGGA